AUGAUUGAAGCAGGUGUGGUGUGGAUUUUAUUAGUCGCACUAUUAAAUUGUCCAUCUUAUCAAUACCAACCGUUGGAAAUUCACACGGAUGGUGAAUGUGCCUUAAUAUUGGACGGUCCUGGAAGGAGCAGCGCUUUUGAUUAUCAAUAUAACGCUCUUCGUGGAACUUUCGGUUACGAUGGACCGCACACGUGUAUCACAUACGAAGCCGUUAAUCAAGCAUAUCUUCAAGCCAGGAAAAGAAUUCAUUUGUCUCAACCCAAAGCCGAAUGGAAACCGGAAGAAGUUGCCGAAGUCGGUGAAUUGCUUCUCGACAUAUCAAUUAAUUUAGCCAAAACUUACGGUCUCAGUUACGAAGAAAUCGAAAAAGGUUUACCUCUCAUCGAUACGUCAAAAACUCUCAUAAGAGAAGUAUGUCCGCCAUAUUUAUCGAACGUUGAAUGCCGUCCUGGAAAAUACAGGAGAUACGAUGGUUUGUGUACGAAUUUGCAACAUCCGACUUGGGGUGCCAUAAACACGCCAUUCACAAGGUUGGUGGGUCCUUUGUAUGCCGACGGUAUGACGGCUCCGAGAAUAAGCGUUUUGGGUAAUCAAUUACCCCUUGCUAGAAUCGUAUCUCGAACUGUUCAUCCGGACGAAGGUUUCCACGAUCACGCAGGUACCGUCAUGAUCGUCGCAUGGGGACAAUUCAUGGAUCACGAUUAUACUUUGACGGCAACUCCAUUGGAUCCUCUUAACAGAAACGAACCAGAAGAAUGUUGUCACCGUCCGCCACAUUUGAAAAAUCCAUAUUGUUUGGAAAUAACCAUACCUUCAGAUGAUUAUUUCUACGGUCACACCGGUAUGACGUGUCAGGAUUUCGUACGUGGUUUCGUUGCCGUUCGACCGGGCUGCAGACUCGGUUCCAGAACUCAAUUCAACACAUUGACCGGAGUCCUGGAUGGAAAUACCGUAUAUGGUGUCACGGAACAUUUUGCAAGGAAAUUGAGAGCCGGAUACGGUGGUUUGUUACGUAUGAAUCCAGUUUUUUCGGAAUACGGUUUGAAAGAUCUUUUACCCCUGAAAUUGGACAUUCCAGACGAGGGUUGUACUAGACCGAAUCGGUCAAUGUAUUGUUUCGAAGCCGGUGAAAUCCGUGUUAACGAACAAUUGGUACUCACGUGUAUGCACACGUUGAUGGCACGUGAACACAACAGAUUGGCACACGGAUUGGCACAAAUAAAUCCGCACUGGGACGACGAAACAUUGUAUCAGGAAGCUCGUAGAAUCGUCAUUGCCGAAAUACAACACAUAACGUACAAUGAAUUUUUGCCCAUCAUAUUGGGUAAAGAAGUCAUGGAAAAAUUUGGACUUUUGACUCAAAAAGAAGGUUACUGGGACGGUUACGAUCCGAACGUUAAUCCAAACGUCAUCGACGCGUUCGCUGCUGCCGCAUUUAGAUUCGGACAUUCGUUACUUCCCACGGCCGUAGAAAGAUGGAGCAAAGCACACAAAUUCAUCGCUUCGAAGAGAUUAUCGAACCUUAUCAGGAGACCCUACGAUUUGUACCGUGCCGGAGUCCUCGACGAAUAUUUCAUGGGUUUGAUGAAUCAGGUUGCUCAAGCCAUGGACGAUUCCGUCACUCAAGAGGUGACGAAUCAUUUGUUUAAAAAAGCUGGAGCACGAUUCGGUUUGGAUUUGGCUUCUUUCAACAUGCAAAGAGGACGUGAAUUCGGUUUGCCAGGUUACAUGGAAUUUAGAAAAUUCUGCGGAUUACCCGGAGCAGACACUUUCGAUGAACUUUUCGGUUCCAUGUCAAACGAAACAAUCAGAAGAUAUUCAUCCAUUUACGAACAUCCGUCCGACGUCGAUUUAUGGUCCGGUGGUGUUUCCGAAAGGCCAUUGCCUGGAAGUAUGGUCGGACCGACAUUCGGUUGCAUCAUAGCCACACAAUUUAGUUAUUCCAGACGGGGAGACAGAUUUUGGUACGAAUUAGGAGAUCAACCCUCAUCAUUUACGCCAGAACAAUUGCAAGAAAUCAGAAAAGUCAAAUUAUCCAGAGUUAUUUGCGACAACACGGAUCUUAUCGAUACCAUACAAUUGUAUCCGAUGGUUCUUCCAGAUCACGAAAUUAAUCCAAGAGUGCCAUGCAAGAGUGGAAUAAUUCCAAGUUUAGAUUUAACAAAAUGGGCGGAUUUUGGUGGGGCAGUAGGAGCAGCAGCACCUCACACAUUCGUACAUAACGAACUUCUCGUUGACAUUCCACAAUCGAUAAUAGCACCACUCGUACAUCCCGUGGGAUUGUUUAAAAGAACGACGGCAGAAGGAACAGCUGGUGCGAGUAGAACUUUUCACGGGAAUGCGAAAACGUCGGCGCCAUUAUUCGGAGUUAAAAAAUAA